ACUGGAGGUUGCAUCUGGUAACAUCCCUGCUUGUUGUGGCCCAUUUCGUAACCAAUUGCACCAGCCACAUACUCAGCGUAAGGCGGCGGUUGCGCUUCAAGCUAUUGGGACACCUAACAUUCUACAUGGUUCGACUGUAUAAUAUGCGGUAGAAAUGGCGACUGAAGCCGCAAACCAAAAGCGGAAGCGCGGCCGACCCGCAAACAAGAACGCGUCUCGAGACGGCAAAAGCGCGUCGCAAACACAACUGAUCCUGACGAACAACGGUUCAAUGGCUAAACCCCCGAACGACACCGUAGAGGCAGAUGGGGAGGAGGAUGCGCGCCCGAGAAAACGCGGAAGGCCAACGAAAUCAGGUCCCUCUUCGCAGCCCCAGGCGCCAGUCGCAAGCCAAAACGAGCCUCGAAAGAAGCGCGGGCGGCCAUCAUUGUCGCAACAAAAGGAAGUGGAGGAUGGGGAGAACGGACCGGACGAAACUACCGUUAGAGAGCAGCCGAAAAGGCGAGGGCGACCCUCAGUGUCGAAACUCCCCGACCAUGAAGAUGCACUCAACGAGGCAGAGGCGACAGCAGACAAGCCAACACCAAAGAGGAGAAGUCGACCCCCUACGAAAGCUCCUGCUCUUGCGGAGAAUGAGGUAGACGUCGAGGAAGCAGAUGACGAGAACCAGAUCGACUCAAGCGUUCUUCGCCGUAGUGGUCGAGAUCGCAAGGCCGUGGGCGAGUGGUACAAUGCCACACCUCCAGGUAAGCCCAAACAGGCAGCGCCAGGUCCCGCUGCAGAAGAUCCCGAAGACGACCUCCCUGAAGAUGACUCGAAUGUCCUACGAAGCAGCGCUCGAGAAUGGAAGUCUGUUAGAAAGCCGUCCAAGGGGACGCAAUACGAUGAACAGCACGACGUGGAUCGAUCUACGGAACGGCCCAAUGCACAUCCUGAGAAGGCGACGAGAAAGAGACGUCGACCAUCUGUGGACAAAGCACCAGCUGAUAACACGGACUACGAGGCUGGUUCUAGGCCGGCCAAAAAGAAACGUGGCCGCCCGUCACUAAAUAAACCUACUAAGGUGGAUAUGUCGUCCAAACCGAAGCCACGGAAAAAGGGCAGGCCAACACCCGGCGAGGUGCCUACUGCCACAUCUGAUGAAACUUUUGGAAUGCAAAUAAAGCAAAAGAGGCGACAUAGAACACACCCAUCAGACAGCACUGCCACCAAAGCUAAGAAAUCACGGCAGCCUGCCGACAACAAUCGCUCCGUGUCUCCAUCCCCGCCGCCGCUCUACCGGCACCUAAGGACCCGUACCCGCCAGAUUCCACGUCACCAUAUAACCAACAAAUGGACGGCACUUGAUGCACCGUCGAUAUCCAGCGUCACAACCCUUCUCCAAUCCGCCUCGCGUCCCGUCCUCCUGCGCCUAAACAAUCUGCAGCGACACGCCCAAGCCACAGCAGCUCUCAACGCCAUCAGCAAUCGUCUAUGUUCAAAGCUGGCACGCGGUCUACCUUUCCCGCCGGCCACGACGGCCAGCAAGCGCGAGGACGAGCUCGAGUUCGAGCGAACAGUGGCCGAGAUCGAGACGCUGGAGGCGCAACUUGACCCACUGCUUCACAGUGUCGAUCUGCUCAAGAAGGAAAAGGAGCGCGCUGAGAGAGAGUUGGAGAGAGAGUACAGGGUCCUCGGCGAACUGAGCGCUAAUGCUCGGGCUCAGGGCAAGAAAAGGAAAGAGGAGCUGCGCAGGAUUCAUGCGCUUGUCCCUGAACUGAGGAGGGAUGGCGCAUCAUCAAAUGACGGUAGUGGGCUGGGUGAGAUAAAACCAGCGGAAAAGUAUGCCGCGAAGACGUUCACGGACUUGGAGGAUGACGACUUGAAAGGUCUGGGGGAGCAGAUUGCGAGUCAUAUGGAGAGCAUGAAAGGGAACCUACAGCACAUUGAUGGCGUUGUGCCGGCUAUUGCGGAUAGUGCCGCCGCCUUGAGGAUGGCCCUUUUGCCACAUUUGGAUCAGGAUCAGUUUGACCAGGUGUUGUUUGGCUAGAGAUGAUACCAUGGGGAUAGAGGACACAGGGAUGGAGAUGAUGACUUAUGAUAUAAGCUGUAUGCUUAGCUUGCUGCUCGUUCUCAAAAAACAUUCUGUACUAUGAGACAACCCUUGGCAACCAACCAUUGAGCCGGUAAUGACGAAUGCAUCGAGGGACUCGUGCCAUCUCUCAUCGGGCAAACUUGUAUGCUCUUAUGUGGUGUUGUGAAGUUCUACGUCGUUUCUUACUACGCUUAUCUGGAAUUGUAACACAAGCCUGUGACUCGAAUCCAUAAUAUCCAGUCGUCGUAUAUCCCCUUCUGAAGUCACUUUUCUUUGAGCCGUUAUCCGCCAGAAGCACCUAUCCCCCCAGCCCCCCAGAUAUUUGACAAGCGCAUGGCAAAAC